AUGACCUCCAUGUAUCCACUACGUACUGCUGCUGCCCUGACGGCCUUUUUCACCUUGCAAGGCGUUUAUGCCGCGCUUGAUGUGUCAAGCUCCUCUAAUAUCGCUAUUUAUUGGGGUCAGAACUCUUACGGAGACUCAUCUGGAAGUCUGGCGCAGCAAAAUCUCGCAUAUUAUUGUAAAAAUUCGGGCAUUGACGUAAUUCAACUCGCAUUCUUGGAUGUUGUAAAUGGAGAAGGCGGUGCCCCCGAGAUUAACUUUGCCAAUUCGGGGGAUUCCUGCACUGCUUUUGCGGGAACUGCUCUUCUAGAGUGCCCCACGAUCGGCGAGGAUAUUGUGACAUGUCAGUCCCUUGGGAAGACCAUCCUACUUUCGAUCGGCGGUGCGACCUACAGCGAGGGGGGGUUCACAAGCGAAGAUGCCGCGGUCGCGGCCGCCAAAAUGAUCUGGAAAACCUUCGGACCUGUGAGCACCGAUACGUCGAUCCACCGCCCCUUUGGAAGAGCCGUGGUUGACGGGUUUGACUUUGACUUUGAGUCGACCGUGACGCACAUGCCAUCUUUUGGCAACGAGCUGCGUCGCUUGUUUACCCAAGACACUUCCAAAACCUACUACCUUACCGCCGCACCACAAUGCGUUUAUCCCGAUGCUGCCGACAGCCCGAUGCUAGACGGCGCCGUUUACUUUGAUGCCAUCUGGGUUUAA